CAUUCCAAUUGGGAAAAACAAGCAACCACCAGGCUGGUUGAAAAGUAGUCUCAUCAAUUAUGAUUAUCCACAUAAUUUAACUAUUUAACAUAACCCAUGAAGUUUUGCACAUUAGACAAAAAUAGAAUGGACGCUUAGUUCGCAGUCAGUCGACUAAACGACACAGAGCCAUGACCAUUCUUAUUGAUGAUGACUCCUCUUCCCCCACAAAUCCGGAUUCGGACUCGUCCAAAACGCUGAGGAGUCCAUGUCCCCUCAAAUCUUCGGGAAAGGGGAAAACCCUCCCCGAAGUUUUUCUCGAGCGACGUGGCAAGAACAGUGAUCCAGCUGAACCAGAGUUUUGCAUGAGAGACAGCAUCACGAAAGAGUCGUAUCGUUUUGCAGACUUUGACGACCAGACGGCCCGAAUUGCCAGCGCGUUCUACAAGAAAGGAAUGAGAAAGGGGGACGUGGUGGUUUACAUAACAAACGACAUGGUGAAACUGCCUCUCUUUCUGGUCGGGGUUUGGCGAGGGAACGGCAUUGCGAGGGCAGUCUAUCCCGAGGAGGAUCUAGAAACAUUGCACGCUGCUUUGGAGGAGAGUCGGGUGGGCUGGAUCUACUGCGGACCUGAGACUGCGGUCAUGGCACUCUGCGCAGCCUCGAAGGUCUACUGGGACGUGGAAGUCAUCCUCACCAACGGGAUGGCUGACGGAUGCACCGAUUUCGGGGAAUUUCUCCUCGAUGAUGGCUCACAAGUGCCCGAGCUGAACAUCUCCCCCACAGACCCGGCCUUGAUGUUGUGCACCUCCGGAACGACGGGACGGAGCAAGUCUGCAGUGCACACACACGAGUCCAUAUUAUCAAUCUUAUUGGCAAUGGAAAAUAUUCCGUGGUCAACGACAGGGGAGAAUCCCAACUUGAUUUUGUCAAAGACUUGUCACAUUACAGGGACGCUGUGGCCACUAUCUAUCAUUCUGAAGGGGGGAUGUUGCAUCGUCAUGGAUCGUGCCACCGUAGAGAGGAUAAUGGACGCAGUGGACGAGUAUAAGCCGAGAGUGAUCUGGGGGUUUCCCACCCUCCUCCUCCAAGUGGCCAACAGUCCCAAUGAGGAAAACCGUGACCUCACCAGUUUGGAACUGUCCCUCUCCGCCGGCUCUCCCAUAACGCCACCGAUGAUCCAAGCCAUCAAAAAACUGCCCAAUAUGAAAGGCAUCAUCAAUCUCUACGGUUUGACAGAAUGCGUCCCCGUCACGUGCUGUAUCGACUUUGAGAAUGUUAUGGAAAACGGGGACAGCGAUGACAAUUCAUCUGCCUCGUGUCUAUUUGAAGACCAGCCUGAAUUCACCGUGGGCAAGGUGUUUCCUGGGGUGGAAGUGCAGGUUCGGGACCCCGAGACCGGAGAAAUUUUGGGAGUGAGGGAGCAGGGAGAAAUCUGUGCAAAAACGGAGUCAACUUUCUUGGAGUAUUUUGAAAAUCCAAAGGCGACUCGAGAAGCAUUUAUCGAUGGUUAUUUCCGAACUGGUGAUAUUGGAUACUACGAUGAAAACGGGUUCAUCAUGGUUGUUGAUAGACUGAAGGAAAUUUUUAAAUUCAUCGGAAAUCAUGUUUCCCCAACGGAAAUUGAGGACGUCAUAUCACGCCACCCCGCCGUGGCGAUGGUGUCCGUCGUGGGGAUGCCGGACCCUGAGGGGAGGGGACAUGUGCCGAGGGCCUUCGUAGUAAAGAGGACAGGGUACGAGGACACGACGGGGGAGGAAAUCCGCACCUUUGCCGACAAUAACCUGGCCGACUACAAACGGCUGAGGGGUGGCUUGUAUACGGUGGAUGCCUUACCUCAAGGGAAAACAGGGAAAGUGACAAGGUCCUUGGUCCAGCAAAUAGUAGUGGAUCAAAAUAAUGAGGAGGUAGACGUGGAGACUUAAUUUGCUGCUGUUGAUUGAUUUGAUUUAAUAUUGAGAAAACAAUCACAAAAUGUCACAAAUGUAUAUCGCACUAGUCAGUGACUAGUAGUCACCAGAUCGUACACAAAAAAUGUGAUCAAUCACUAGAUCGUACAUGUAAUGUAUGUAUAAAACAAAUACAUAUUGUCUAAUAUGCCUGUCAA